AUGAAUCCCUCCACUGACCAAGCUUCAAUCGCCGUCGACGAACUAGCUCCGCCGUCUCAACCGCAUCGCUUAUCAACAUCUUGCGACCUCCACCCAGACGAGCGCUUCUCCGGUUUCUGUCCUUCUUGUCUCUGCGAACGCCUCUCCGUCUUAGAUCACACCAGCGCUGCCCCGCCUCCGUCGUCUUCUUCCCGGAAACCUCCCAACAUUUCCGCCUCGACUUUAAAAGCCCUCUUCAAGCCCUCCUCUAGUAGUAACAACAACAACGCAAACGGCAGAGUCCGACCCGGUUUCUUCCCGGAGCUCCGGCGUACAAAAUCGUUCUCUGCUAAGAACAACGAAGGAUUCUCCGGCGGAUUUGAGCCUCAGAGACGGUCUUGUGACGUGAGGCUUCGUGACGAACAUAGAAACAUUCCCACUAGAGAAGCUCCCACCGUCGUCGUCUCCGGCGCAAUAAUUGGGAGACAUACACAGUCGGAGAUUGCCGAUUACGGAUAUGGCCGGAGAUCAAGCGACACUGACCCAAGAUUCUCACUUGACGCCGGGAGAUUCUCAGUUGAUAUCGGUCGGAUUUCGCUCGACGAUUCUCGUUUCGACGAGCCAAGAGCGUCGUGGGAUGGGCACUUAACCGGCAAGCCGGCGACUAGGAUUCCUCCGCCGAAAUCAAUGUUAUCAGCCGUGGAAAACGCGCCGGUGAAUCGGUCAGAUCCGAUUAACGGUGAAUCCGACCCGAUUAUCAUCAUCCCAGGCGGAUCGACUCAGACACGAGACUACUACACGGAACAUCCACCGUCGCGGAGGAGGAAGAGCGUCGACAGAUCAAAUUCGAUUAAAAAAACGGAGAUCGAAGAAUUCAAAUCGGUGUCGAAUUCGAAGGUUUCUCCGGCGAUAACGGAGAGAGACGAUUACUCCAUUGAAACAGGGGAGAAUAAGAAAUCGAGACGAUGGGGGAAAUGGAGCAUUUUAGGGUUUAUAUACAGAAAAGGUGUUAACAAAGAGGCCGAUGAAGAAGAUAUGUAUAGUAGAUCGAAUAGCACCGGAAUGGUGGAGAGAUCGUUAUCGGAAUCAUGGCCGGAGAUGAGGAACGAACCGAAGAUGAGGAGGAGUAAUAGUAAUGUGAGCUGGAGGAGCUCCGGCGGAGGAUCGUCGAGGAAUAACGGAAUGUUGAGACGGCGGCUAGAGCUAAUAGUCACGGCCACUCUAUAG